GGCUAAGUCUCUUUCCCCAGGCUUCGCCCUCUUUCUACUUUGCUACACUCCCAGCCUCGCCCCGAAACCCAAUAGCUAGGCUCCUGGAUAGACAACAUCCUAGAAACCAAGGCUAGUCACGACACUUUUGCCUACAUUCACUUCGCAACACAACACCCGAAUCGUACUUUGCCCCGCAAAACUACUUUCAGGAUACAAAAGUCUUCCUCACGCCCAACCUUUUCCCACUUUCUCCAUCCCCAAACAACAAUUCUCCGAGCACACAUCUUCAUCAACCACGUUCUCGAAUCAUCAUACAUUGUACCUUGGUACUACUUCUACAAUCUAGCCUUAACAAUCAUUGAUUCCACUUAAAACAAUGUCUACUGUCGAUGAAACUCUCCAGCUAGCUGCUGAAGCUGUACCAGCUGCCCCCACAGCUAAUGAGAAGGCCAAUGAGAAGGUCAAGGCUCCCAGAAAUAGGACUCCGUCUGGCAAAUAUGGAACUCCAGCCGAAAAGGAUGUAAUUAUAGUCCAGUUCAUGUUUCAAGCUGCUGGCAAGGACUUUGUUCCUGACUUCAAAACUAUCAAUGGUUUGGGUCGUAGCGAAAAGGCUGUUAAGCACAUUUGGGAGGCACUUAAGAAGUCUUAUGCCAGUGCUAAUGACGUAGAUGCUAAGGAUGAAGCCGUCACGAAGGGUAUUGCAAAGAAGCGCAAGACAGAGCUUGAGGGUGAAGGCGAAGGCGCUGCUAAGAAGAAGAAGAAGGUAGCCAAGAACGUUGCCUCUGAGCCUGAGACCGAGGAGAAUAUCAGCGACGACAUAUUUUCGGAGGUCUAUCGCUACGAUGACAUUGAAUCGAGACAUGAGGGACCCGCAUUUCCAGAAUACGAAUUCUACUUCGACUUUUAAAUCAAGAGCCUAUUUCAUGGAAACAAAAGGUUUCUAAGAUAAAACGGAGAAUGUUCAAGGCUUUGGGUGUACUCACGUUGGUAGAAGGGUCUUAUUGUUGCUAUUUCCGGCUAUUUGCUGAAGUAUUCUUAAAAUACUUCGGCGGAAUGAAUUAUAACCACAUUCUUUACA